AUGAUAUGUACAAAUCUAUAUACGAAGGUCAAGCCCACAAAGAACUGAUUUCUAGACAGUAACAACUUCUGCCUUCCAAUUAAAAGCUGCGGAAAGAACCGAGAUGAUGAUGCUGCACGCUGAAAAUGGCGUGAAAAAAGGUAUAACAGUGGUCCGUUGUGACCCACUGAACCGAGGGGGAACGAGCGCUGAAAGAAGACGCCUCACCAAAUUCAAAAAACGUCCAGGAGUCUGUCCCAAUUCCAAGAUUCUCAGACCUUACAUCCAUGGGAAUUCAUGCAACAUGUUGAUAGAUUGCACGGAUCGUAAGGCAGAUACUCUAUUUUUCUACCUAUGGGAAUGAAAAGAUCAUGCUGGAGAGGGCGGCCAAACCAGAUAACACGCUAGCAUAGGCGAUAUUCUGACUGAAGGACAGAACGGAGCAAUGCAGGAAACUUCCUCCCAGGUGAACUCCGAAAUUUCCGAAGAACACCCUUCUACUAAAAGUCAAGGUAAAGGAGCAACGCAGAGGUAGAUAGAUAGAGAGCGGGAGAGAGAGAGAACAGUUUAGAGACGACCCAUUGGCGGCUGUGGACGAGUGCCCUUUUUCCAGAAGGUUGUUCAGCUGUGAUGGAUUGGUGGGUGGGAGAAGGGGAUGGCAUCUAAGUGAGCUCAGAAGAAACUUUCUCUCCAUCAAAGCAAAUAGUAAGAUAUUGCCAGAUAGUAAAUUCAUCUAAGAGCAUUUCUUAACGUGGAAAUCAUUUUACCCGAGGGAGAGCGAGAGAAUAACUUGAAUCAAGGAUAUUUCGUGACUGAAGACCUUGAAACUUUAGCCCCAGAUUAAAUCAGAUUUAGAAGCCCCAAAUUUUGUUUUGAUAAAUCUAACUUCCAUUGCACAAAGUUGAGUGGAGAUUCCUUCAGCAAGGUCGACAAUGGGAAAUGUUUGGAAAGGGCAAGAGAAAUAUGCAUCUGGCAAGACAGAUGGGUACCAUCAUUGACUAUUUGAUCUUCACAAGGUGAAAUGACCUCUGCCGAUGUAGAUUCCAGAGCCCUCCUUGGCCUUUCUACGUCUAAUAGAAAUUUUAAGAAAUGGUCAGUGAAUGGGGCGAAUUGAGGAACUAAUAAUCUCGGGUGGAUGUGAUUUUAGAGAAACACAAAUAUCACCUUGAAAAAAAUCUGUGCUCCACUGUCAGAUAGUCUUCUGGGUUUCCAUCUAGUAUGUCCAUUCUCAGAGGCGUGACCCUUCAGCUCCUAAAACAUGGAAAACAAACGAGAUCAGAAAAUGGGAAACAACUCAUUCGAGUAGUCUGAACAUAAUGUUGGAAUAAGCGCGUACGUCAUACUGAGUUUCCAAUUUCAGUACCUAGCAGGCAGAGUCAAUACUAUGUUCUGCAGCUGACAUCUGGCUCACACUGUCAGUUUCUGGUAGUCUAGACGUUCUGAUGCCCGGUCAGAAGAUUCAGAGAGUUAUCAGCUCAAAACUAUCAAGAAAUUGGUCGCAGAUGUGUUUUUGAUGUAAAACUGUGCAUCAUCGUGCCGAAUUUUUCAAUUUUUGAUGGUGAUUCUAGUUGGUUUGCAGAGAUGCAUCCAUUUUGUUGUACAUAAUUUUCACUGUUUGGAUUGAGUGGAGUGACAACAGUUGGUCUCUGGCACUGCAUUCACAUUGCAAAAGGCUUCUUGCAAAGAGAAGCGAACCGAUUCUUCGCAGCAUUAUCUCUCCUGCCUCGAGCAAAGGAGAAUGGAGAAUGUGGAGAUCUGAAUAUCCCACAUCCAAUCCGAGCUCUGUUUUUGUUUUCCUUGACGGAGUGCUGUUUACCUGCCUGAGACAGCUGAUCGGAGCAUGGGGAAAUAAAAGGGCGUGGAAAGAGAAUAUAUUUCUAUUUAUAGGCAACUGAUUUUGCAAGAAACCGUUGAAAAGCCAGUCUCAAUCUCACCUCUCAAGGCAUCAUGUUUUCUUGUGUUUAUGUAUUCACUAAAACAGUAAAACCCAGUUGCCGCAUGCAUGAAGAUUACGCUCCCAAAUCUUUACACGAUUUAAUCACAUUGGAGGGCCCCUCAAGUCCCCACCUUCCACCUCCUCUCAGACGCAGGAGCAGAGAAACAGAAAGGAAGGAGGAAGAACAAACAGUACAUACCGGCGAUGCUCUGAACUCCUCCGGGUUUCUAGAUCCCACACAGAAAAUGAUGUCAACCCAGUUGUCUACAAUCAGGAUGAGUAUAUUUCUUCUCACAAUCCGACCAUAUCUGGAGCUUACAAAUGACCCCAGUCUCCCCCUCGUCCUUAUAAUUUAGGAAAGCAGCGAGAAGUAAAAGAGGAUCAAGGGCGGAAGCCCCAUGCGCAAUUGCAGAACUCAGAAGCCCUUGGCCCUGGAACCCUCGCCGGAGGGCUUGGCUCCCUCGCCGGCCAUGUAGAGGCAGUAUUCGGCGAUCUCCCGGAACUUGGGAACGCUUCUGAGAUCCACCUUGGUGCCGUCCUUGAGCGUGAUGACGAUGUCCCCCCACUCGCCGAUGAAUCUGGGCACCACCUGCACGUCCUUGAUGACCUUGUAGGAGAAGUCGCUCCGAUCCUGGCCGGUGAACCCGGAGACGACGGUGACGCGAAGGUUGGUGAAGCGGUACCGGAGGAAGAAGGCCCUGGAGACCGCCGCAAUGGUAAGGGGAAGCCAGAGGAGGGUGAAACCCAGGAGAAGGUUCGCUAGUAGGUCCCCGUAGUGCGCGCCCCCAUCGAAGAAGACGGCUUCUUCCCCGGCAACGGCGGCCCUCGCGGCGGGGGCGGCGGCGGCAGCGGCGGCGGUGGGGUUGUUGGUCGAUGAUGAGACAGAAACCUUGGUUUUGCCGGGGGAUCUCGUGAUGGGUCUGGAGGGGAAGGUGGCGUGGGCCAGUCGGGGGGGAAGGUGGAGGCGGCCAAUUCUUGAGGAGACAAGGAGAGGGGAGAUAGGGGAGGAGGAGGAGGAGGAAGCCAUUGA